AUGUCAGCAAUCAUAGAACAGGGAAAGAUGGAGCUUGAAAUUGUCCAACAGCACAAGGAUGUUGCCGUCGGGACCGUGACAGAGUCGCUUUCUCCCGAGGAGGAUAGGAGAAUUCUGCGCAAGAUCGACCUAUGUCUGUUGCCAGUCAUGACCAUUUCCUAUGUUUUUCAAUUUCUAGACAAGUCCGCUCUCGCCAACACCGCCGUUCUAAAACUUCGUCAAGAUUUACAUCUCAGCGGUGGUGACUACUCAUGGGCUAGUGCUAUCUACUACUUUGGGUAUUUGGUUGCUUCUUACCCUGCUGGUGCACUCAUGGUGCGUUGGAAGGUCGGGAAGAUCAUCACCGCUUCAAUCUGUGCUUGGGGUGUGAUGCUUAUGUUAACAUCUGUUUGUGUCAAUGCCGGAGGGCUUCUUGCCGUUCGCUUCAUUCUUGGAAUCUGUGAGGCUCCAGUUGCUCCGGGACUCACUAUCAUUAUCAGCAUGUGGUACAAGCGCUCCGAACAGCCCCUGCGUCAUGCCGCCUGGUUUCUCGGAAACACAUUCGCUGGAAUCGUUGGUGGUCUGCUUGCCUAUGCAAUAGGCCAUAUAGAAACUAUUCCCUCGUGGAAGGUAUGCAUGACUCGUGACCGUCUCUCACACCUGGAUCGAUCUAACCAUUCCUCAAUGAAGGCGGUGUUCCUGAUCUUUGGAGGCGUCACAGUGGCAUGGUCUUUCUGUGCCUUGUUCCUGCUCCCAGAUGUUCCUACAAAGUCCUGGUUCCUUGGCCCGGCAGAUCGCCUCAAGGCUAUUGCACGAGUAGAAGAAAAUUUGACGGGUGUAAAGAAUGACCACUUUAAGUGGCACCAAUGCCGCGAAGCUCUUUUGGAUGUUAAGACGUGGCUUGUUUUUAUCAUUCAACUCGCUAGUAACAUUCCCAAUGGUGGCUUAACUAGCUUCGGCACUAUUGUUACCAACGGCUUAGGGUUUGGUGAGCUCAGGACACUACUAGUUGGUGUGACGAGCUACGCAUUUCAGCUUUUCUUCGUCCUUCUUGCCACUGGCGGUAGCUCGUACUUUCGCAACACUCGAACAUUCUGGAUGAUAUUCAAUUUCGCCGUCUCCGUUGUCGGUGUGGCGCUUGUUCGUCAGCUCCCGGAGGACUUGAAGUGGCCGCGCUUCAUCGGUCAGUGUCUAGCUGGAACUUUCACAGCCAACUUCCCGUUAAUCAUGUCACUGAUCUCGGGUAACUUUGGCGGCUUCACCAAAAAGGCUUCCGUUAGUGCAGUUGUGAGUGUUUCUCCAUGA